AUGCUGCUGCUCCACUUACAUCACUGGCCAUUAGCAUUGGCCAUCACUUCCUGCAUUGUCGCCGCCUCGACAAGCUUGAGAACAACAACACCAACAACAACAGCGGCAGCAAGCACGCCAACAACAAGAAGUACAACAACAGCCGAAGCAUCCUCCAUACCGGGCAAAUAUCAGGCAUAUGGCAGUCAGCAUCAGCCAAAGAAGCUGCGCGCUGGCAUCGGAGCUGCUGGCAACUCCAGCGGCGUGGAUGCCACUGGCAAUAAGCCAGUAAACCAGUUCCGGCAAAAUCCUAUCAAGAAUUGGUUUGGCGUCUUUAAUCGUAAUAAUUCGCCGCCGGCUCAAGACCAAACAGCGACAUGUUCCUGCAGAUGUGGGGAGCGCAAUGAUGAGUCGAGAAUCGUUGGGGGCACUACAGCUGGCGUCAGCGAGUAUCCCUGGAUGGCCAGACUGAGCUACUUCAAUCGAUUCUACUGCGGUGGCACGCUGAUCAACGAUCGCUAUGUGCUGACGGCGGCGCACUGCGUCAAGGGCUUCAUGUGGUUCAUGAUCAAGGUGACCUUUGGUGAGCAUGACCGAUGCAAUGACAAGGAGCGCCCGGAGACGCGCUUCGUGCUGCGCGCCUUCAGUCAGAAGUUCAGUUUCUCCAACUUUGACAAUGAUAUUGCGCUGCUCCGGCUCAACGAUCGCGUUCCAAUCACCAGCUUCAUCAGACCCAUUUGCUUGCCCCGUGUGGAGCAGCGCAACGAUUUGUUUGUGGGCACGCGCGCCAUUGCCACCGGCUGGGGCACGCUCAAGGAGGAUGGCAAACCCUCCUGCCUGCUGCAGGAGGUGGAGGUGCCAGUGCUCGAUAACGAUGAGUGCGUGGCCCAAACGAACUAUACUCAAAAAAUGAUCACCAAGAAUAUGAUGUGCUCUGGCUAUCCGGGGGUUGGUGGCCGGGACAGCUGUCAGGGCGACUCUGGUGGUCCUCUGGUGCGAUUGCGUCCCGACGACAAGCGCUUCGAACAGAUCGGCAUCGUCUCCUGGGGCAAUGGAUGCGCGCGACCAAGUUAUCCGGGUGUCUAUACAAGGGUCACCAAAUAUCUCGACUGGAUUGUGGAGAACUCACGGGAUGGCUGCUUCUGUGACGAGGAUUACUAAGCACGCGUAUUCAAUUUCAGCUUAGUUAUACUUCUACAUAUAGUCUUA